UACUAGUUAAUUCGUGCAUUUAAACGCCAACAUUUAGAAUCGUGACUUUUUAAAAGUUCGAAUGGAAUUUAAAGUUUGGGUAACUGGGACCAUCAAACGCACGCAAAGUUAUAUUUCUCACACCGUCGGUACCUUUAGUCCGUGACACUCUCACGCUAACUUCCUGUCUUGUCGCGGCCGUUGACGCAGCCGCGUCGUCCUAUGUUUUCCUCGCGGACGGAGACCCCUCUCGCCCCGGCCAAACAGGCGGGGCGGUGGUGCGGCCGCGCUGCGCGGCGGAGGGAUUUGCGCGACGACAAAGAGACGAGCUGUUGUUAGCAGGCAGAUCCCAUUACAGAGGACGCAUGUUGUAAUAUGGUCGAAACAAAAGCGUAAGAAGCGAUAGGCCUGCCAGCCCAAAAACAAACAAACAAGAAACGAAACCAAUCCUAAAAUCUAAUCCGUUAAUGCGCAGUAACUUUUUAGUGGAUUUAUAGGCUACUCGCGUGGGAAAUGGAGAAGAAAAGGUGGGAUUGCACUGCUCUCCCCAAGGGCUGGAAAAUGGAAGAAGUGACCAGAAAGUCGGGUUUGUCAGCUGGAAAAAGCGAUGUCUAUUAUUUUAGCAGAGGAGACGAGCAAGAUGAGGAACAGAGUCCAUCUGGGAAGAAGUUUCGGAGCAAGCCUCAGCUGGCCCGUUACCUCGGCAACCAGAUGGACCUCAGCUCCUUCGAUUUCCGCACGGGGAAGAUGCUGAUGAGCAAGCUGAACAAGAACCGGCAGAGGCUGCGCUAUGACAACAACAACCAGAAUAAGGGCAAACCGGACCUGAACACGUCACUGCCCGUCCGACAGACGGCCUCCAUCUUUAAGCAGCCCGUCACCAAGGUCACCAACCACCCCAGCAACAAAGUGAAGACGGAUCCUCAGAAAGCCGUCGAGCAGCCGCGACAGCUUUUUUGGGAGAAGAAACUCGGUGGGCUCAAUGCUUACGACAUCGCAGAGGAGCUGGUGAAAACGAUGGACCUACCGAAAGGCCUCCAAGGAGUGGGCCCAGGCUGCACGGACAAGACUCUCCUGUCGGCUAUUGCGAGCGCUCUGCACACCAGCGCUGCUCCCAUCACCGGCCAGCUGUCUGCCGCUGUGGAGAAGAACCCGGGAGUCUGGCUCAACACCACACAGCCGCUGUGCAAGGCCUUCAUAGUCACGGACGAGGACAUCAGGAAGCAGGAGGAGCUGGUGUACAGCGUGAGGAAACGGCUGGAGGAGGCGCUGAUGGCCGACAUGUUGGCUCACGUCGAGGAGAACGCCAGCGACGGGGAGGCUCUGAAGGACGAAGGCAACAGCAGUGAAGAUAUGGAGAGCGUAUAGCACAGGUGUUUGUUUGUCGCACAACCACGAGCGGCCGGAGCCACGCAGCAGCCCGAUGGACUUUCCCUGUGUGUCCGCGUCCCGCUUCCACCUUUUUUACCCAGAGUGCCCCUCCUCCCCUCGCUUCAACGCAAAACACUAGUGGCUCAUUGGAGUCUCCGCUGGAUGGGGCUCUACCGCUUCGACGGCCUUUCAAUUGAAGCUCGGUUUGUUUUGGAAUAGAUCAUUGAAAUAAAUUCCCCCGAACUUCCAAAUCUAAAUAAUAACUUUUAAAAUCUGCCGUGUGUUAAAAUUAGUGUUUGAUGAAAGCGUGUUUUUCCUUUUUUUUUUGCUGAAAGGCUCUGAAUGGGUUUUGUGUUUUGGGCGACAGUCGUCAAAUUCAAACAUUUUAUGUUUGUGCUGUUUUUCUGUCCAUUUAUUUUGGGCAGAUUGGAAAUGAAUGUUUAGUAUUUCCGGCGUGUCUGACUCUGGGAUUAUACGAUGCACUACACAAGUGGCCGGACGCCAAACACUCUUCUAGUGGAACCAGUGGAGCUGUAACCCCCCCAGUUUUUAUUGUUACAAAGCGAUGUUGUAUUUCCCGACGGCUGUGUGACGUGAGUCCUGUUCCACGUUCACCGAAGAGGAGACGUGUUUGGAGCGUUGGAAGUUAAAGAUUUUUUAUAAAAUACCUCGAUGACUAUAUUGGGGGGGGGGGCGAGGGGUUGCUUUUACAAAAUAUUUAAACAAGGAUCUUUUCGUGGUCAUGAGUGACGUGCGGAUGGUGGGUGAAGGUGAAUAAUACAACGGCUGAUUCUAAAGCUAUGCGUCAUUUUAUUGUAAUACAGCCUGUAAACCGAGGAAAGACCGUCUCUGGUCUCGUGGCACGGUAGUAUAAUAUUGCCCCGGGCUGAGCAAUGGGGGGGGGGUUUAGGUGCUUACUGAUGUCGUUGCUGUUAAGGCUCCGUUUCUGUCGCGUGUGUCUUUUUUAACGUGUCGAUGUUGCCACACAGAAGCUCCUCUUAAUCCCACGCACAGGUUACAGCCGGUAUGGAUGUGACGUAGUUAUAGAUGUGAUUACUGAGGAGCAACGCUUUGUCUUUGUUUUUUUUAUCCCUGUCUGUCGAGGUGUGAUGGUGAAUAAUGUACCUGGUUAAAUCAUGAAAAUCACCUCUGAUUGCAAUGAAAUGAAUUUGAUUGUAUUACAUAUUAAAAUGAGUGAAUAUGUGAAACGCUGA